GUGGAACGCCAUUCUUGAAAGUUCAACCCGACUCAUAAAGCCAGGAAAACAACACCCGUUGGUUGUUCCCUGGACCCGUACCGACACCGAUUUUUUUUCAAAUGUGUCUUAAAUAAACGCGUUAUUGGUGUGGUUCGUGUAUUCAGUUGAUUUUUUCCCUUUGUGUAUUUCGUUUCCAAAUGAUUUCAAACCGAAAGUUCUAGACGGGUGAUAAAAUGCCAGCGUUUCUCCAAAGCAUCGAGGUGGAGAACUUUAAAUCCUACAGGGGCAAGUUCACCAUCGGACCUCUGAAAUCUUUCACAGCCGUUGUCGGACCGAAUGGCUCGGGUAAAUCCAAUUUUAUGGAUGCCAUAAGUUUUGUUAUGGGUGAAAAGACGUCAGCACUCAGAGUCAAAAGGUUGAGUGAUUUAAUACAUGGAGCAUCGAUCGGACAGCCGAUUUCUAAAGUAGCCUCUGUCACAGCCGUUUUCCUUUUGGAGGAUGGAAAUCUCAAAAGGUUUACAAGGACAGUUCAAGGUUCUUCCUCAGACUACAGGAUUGACAGAGAGGCAGUAACAACUCAAAAAUAUCUGGGGGACCUGGAACACCUGGGUAUUAAUGUAAAGGCCAAAAACUUCUUAGUUUUCCAAGGAGCUGUUGAGUCAAUUGCAAUGAAAAAUCCUAAAGAACUCACUUCUCUAUUUGAGGAAAUCAGCGGCUCUGGGGUUUUAAAAGAAGAGUACGAUCGGUUAAAGCAAGAAGUGUUGAAAGCGGAAGAAGAGACCAAUUUUUCUUAUUUGAAAAAAAGGGGUGUUGUUGCUGAGCGAAAAGAAGCAAAACUAGAGAAAGAUGAAGCUGAAAAAUAUCAACGGUUAAAAGAUGAGUUGGUGGAAAAAGAGAUUGAAUAUCAAUUAUUUCGACUCUACAACAAUGAGAAUGAUAUCCAAUACUAUGAGACGGAAUUGGAAAAAAAGAGAAAGGAAGUUGAAAAAAUAGAGAAGAAGAAAGAAGCUGCAGAAGAAGCAUUGAAAGAUAAGAAAAAAGAGCAAGGAAAAGCAAAUAGGGAGCUUGCGAAAAUUGACCAAGACAUUCGUGAAGUGGAAGCGGAAAUCAGUAAGAAGCGUCCGUCGUUCAUAAAAAGCAAAGAACGAACAGCUCAUUUACAAAAAAAGCUAAACACUGCCAAAAAGUCACUAGCAGAAGUUAAACAAGCCGCUGAAGCUCAUUCUGAAGAUACACGUCUCCUUGAAGAGGAACUUGCUGAGGUCAAUAGAAAACGGGAAGAAUACGAAGCGAAUGAGAAAGAUGCUUCUCAAAGUCAAGGUCGUGAUAUUCACCUCGAGGAGACACAGGUUCAAGAAUACCACAGUCUGAAAGUUGAAGCACAAAAACGAUCUGCUCAGUAUCUUCAAGAUUUAGAUUCGAUCAACAGGGAACAAAAAGCAGAACAGGAUCAACUUGACAAUGAAAUCCGGCUUAGGACGCAGAUGGAGAGCCAGAUCAGGCAAAAAGGCCAUGAGAGGGACGAGGCUCAGAAACGUGUUGACAAACUUACAGAUCAUAUCAGGGCGAGUGAGCAAUCAUUAGAAGAACAGAAGAAGCUUCAGAUCGACCUUCAAAGUGAUGUUGGUACUUCUAAAGAUCGUGUCAAAGAAUUGCAAACAGAACUCGAGUCCAUUAUGGAGCAACUGGGUGAUGCUAGGGUAGACAAGCACGAAGAUUCCAGGCGAAAAAAGAAGCAAGAAAUUGUUGAAAAUUUCAAAAGGAAUUUUCCUACUGGUGUUUACGACAGGAUGAUAAACAUGUGCCAUCCGCAGCACAAAAAGUACAAUGUUGCUGUAACAAAAGUACUUGGGAAAUACAUGGAAGCUAUUGUUGUUGAUACUGAAAAAACUGCGAGGCAGUGUAUUCAAUACUUAAAGGAGAAUCUCCUUGACCCAGAGACUUUCUUACCAUUAGACUACAUCCAGACAAAACCUUUAAAGGAAAGAUUAAGGGCAAUCAAGGAUCCAAAAAACACUCGAUUAUUGUAUGACAUUCUGAAUUUCCACCCUCCGGACAUCAAACAAGCAGUCCUGUUUGCCACCAAUAAUGCUCUUGUCUGUGACACCCCAGAAGAUGCGAUGAGGGCCGCUUAUGAAAUUGAUGGUGCCAAUAGAUACGAUGCUGUUGCAUUAGAUGGAACCUUCUAUCAGAAGUCUGGUAUUAUGUCGGGAGGCAGUCUUGAUUUGGCAAGGAAAGCAAAACGUUGGGACGAGAAACAUAUGUCGCAGCUAAAAUCUAUGAAAGAAAAGCUUUCUGAUGAUUUGAGGGAUGCCAUGAAAAAAUCUCGUAAGGAAUCGGAAUUAAAUACUGUCGAGUCUCAAAUAAGGGGUUUAGAAACUCGAAUCAGAUAUGCAAAAACCGACAAGGAAAAGACUUUGAAGCAAAUUGAAGGGUUGGAGCAAGAGUUGAGGGUCAUGGAAGCUAGAUAUGAAGAAACAGGGAAGCCUAGGCGUGAAAAGAUCGAGAAGUCGAUGGCCGAACGUGACAUCAGGAUCCAGGAAAUGAAGGAAAGGAUGAACUCAGUGGAGGAUGUUGUCUUCAAGGACUUCUGUAGAAAGAUCGGGAUGGAAAACAUUAGACAAUACGAAGAGAGAGAAUUACGCUCCCAACAAGAAAGAAUGAAGAAGAGAAUGGAAUUUGAAAAUCAGAAGAACAGGAUCGUCAAUCAGCUUGAGUUUGAAAAAUCAAAAGACAAAAAAAUAAAAGACAAUGUCACUCGAUGGGAAAAUUCGGUGAGAGAUGCAGAAGAGGAACUAGAUAUUGCUAAAAAGGCUGAACAGAAACAACAGGGAGAAUUGGAAAAAGAAAUGAAGCAGAUUGAAGAACUGAAAUCGAAAAGACUUCUGCAUAAGCAAGAAGUGGACAAAAUGGAUGAAGCUAUCGGCAAGGCAAGAAGAGAAGUGGGUAGUAUAGCCAAGGACAUCCAAACAGCACAAAAAUCUGUCACAAAUAUUGAGUCAAAACUGGAAAUGAAAAAGGCUGAAAGACAUAGUAUCCUAAUGCAUUGCAAGAUGGAGGAUAUACAAAUUCCAAUGACUCAUGGAAACAUGGAAGAUAUCGGGCAGGAGACAACAGGUGGUGAAAGCAUGGACACCAGCACAACUAGUUCUCAAUCAAUGAAUGACAGAGAGAGCCGAAUUGUAAUCGACUACUCUGGAUUAUCUGAAAAUCUUAAGGACAUUGACGAAGAUGAUAUCAAAAAGGUCGGGGACAAAUUGGCCAAAGUUAUCAGUGACCAGUCAAUGAUGCUGCAGAAAAUACAAGCUCCAAAUAUGAAGGCGAUAGAAAAACUUGAACUUGCCAGAGGAAAAUUGCAAGUCACAAACGAAGAAUUUGAAAACGCAAGGAAAAGAGCGAAGAAAGCAAAACAAAAUUUCGAGAGAAUAAAGAAAGAGCGGUAUGACAAGUUUGUCGAAUGCUUUGAACACUUGUCCAAUGUCAUUGACAACAUUUACAAAUCUCUUGCGAAGAAUCCAUCAGCUCAGGCGUAUUUGUCAUCAGAAAACCCAGAGGAACCGUAUCUCGAUGGUAUCUCGUACAAUUGUGUCGCACCUGGGAAAAGAUUCCAACCUAUGUGCAAUCUUUCAGGAGGUGAAAAAACCAUUGCAGCUCUAGCCUUACUGUUUGCAAUACACAGUUAUCAACCAGCACCAUUUUUCGUGCUCGAUGAAAUUGAUGCUGCUCUUGACAAUACAAACAUCGGCAAAGUUGCUUCUUACAUCCACAGCGAGACGUCAAACCUACAAACCAUUGUAAUAUCCCUAAAAGAAGAGUUUUUCAGUCACGCCGAAGCCCUUAUAGGCAUUUGUCCUGAUGCUGGCGAGUGUCUUAUAAGUCGAGUGAUCACUUUAGACCUUUCAGAAUACCAACAACACUGGUAAAAAGAAGGAUUAAUCAUGUCAAGACCAAGUUUUACUUUUUGUACAUUUCAUUUUCUUUAUUUUUUUAAAGUGUAAAUAGUUACUUUUUAAAAUUAAUCUUUUUAAUAUUUAUAUAUAUAUCCUUUCUUGUAAAGAAAGUUCUUGGUUUUUUUGAUAUACCUGUAAAUAUUCCUAUUUUUUUAAUAAGCUGUCAGUAAUGAAUGAUUUUACUUAUAAAAAUAUAUACAUUUGUAAAUGAACCUUUGACUUUAAAGGACUUGUUU